AUUACGUUUUUCUAAGCUGACGUGGGUCUGCCUUCCAUGCCGAUUGUCAACAUUAUGAAGAUUUAGGCUUACUAUUUCACCCUACUUUCUACAACCAUAUCGCAGCUGAUGGGAACACGACAGUGCUCUGACAACAGAAUAGUUUAAAAAAGAAAACUCACUAGAUACCACAAUGGCAGCUGAUUGGGAAGAAAUCAGGCGACUCGCUGCAGAUUUUCAAAGAGCACAAUUUGCAGACACUGUGCAACGACUGUCGGAGAGGAAUUGCAUAGAGAUUGUUGCCAAACUUGUGGAGGAAAAGAAAUUAGAUGUUGUGCAUACACUGGACGGAAAAGAAUACAUUACACCAAGUCAAAUUUCCAGAGAGAUUCGGGAUGAACUCUAUAUUCAUGGAGGUCGAAUCAACAUUGUGGACCUACAAAAAAUCAUUAAUGUGGAUUUAGUACAUGUUGAAAAGAGAGCCAAUGAAAUUGCAAAAUCAGAUCGGAGUAUUCAGCUGAUUCUUGGACAGCUGAUUGAUGAGAACUACCUAAAUGGCCUUGCUGAGGAGGUUAAUGAUAAACUGCAAGAGGCCGGUCAGGUAACCAUCCCUGAGCUCUGCAAAAGCUAUGAUCUGCCUGGUGACUUCCUUACUGAGGAGCUGUCUGUGCGCCUUGGCAAAAUCAUCCAAGGUCAAAUGGACCAAUACAACAGAGGGGUCAUCUUCACAGAAGCCUUUGUACUACGCCACAAAGCACGAAUUCGAGGUCUUUUCAGUGCAAUCACUCGGCCAACACCCAUUAGUAAUCUUAUUGGUGUCCAUGGGUUUCAGGAACAUCUUCUUUAUUCUGUGCUGGAGGAGCUGGUGAACACUGGCCGUCUGAAGGGCUCAGUGGUGGGGGGCAGACAGGACAAAGCCGUCUAUAUCCCUGACAUCUACUCCAAGACGCAGAGCAACUGGGUGGACUCCUUCCUCAAGCAGAACGGAUAUCUGGAGUUUGAAGCCUUGACUCGACUGGGUAUUCCGGAUCCUGUAAACUACAUUAAGAAGCGCUUCAAGUCCAGCAAACUUUUAUUCCUGAGGUCAGUCUGUGUCGGUCAGGCUCUAGUCGACCAGCUGGAAGCGUCAGUGGAAGAGGCAGUGAACUCGGCUACUUGGACAGAUUUACAGCCCAUCCUACCCAGCAGUUUCUCUAAUGAGGAUGUUGGCAUCCUGAUCAACCAAGUCAUGAGAACAACAAACGUGCAGUCGUCUGCCAGAGUUCUGAGUGGCACCGUCGUGGUCAGUGAGAAGUUCAUCAGCAACUGCCUGGCACUGUUCAAUGAAGACAUGCAACACAAAGCACAGAAAGAAGUCAAGAACAAUCCGGUAUUUUUAAUCACAGAAGAGGAUCUGAAGCAGCCAUCUGUGCUGGCUGAGAACACCACCUCCAGAAAGGACAAGAGGGACGAGCGUAGGAAGAAAGCUGCAGAGGGAGGUGGCAGUGUGAAGGGUGGUGGUGGGGGCAACGCUCGAGAGAUCAGGAUCCGCAAAACCAAGAAAAAGGGGUCAAGGAAGGACGAAGACAGCGACGAUGAGGCUGGACCCAACAUACAAAAUCCCAAUAGUAAGGCAGAGAUUCCUUUCAUGUCUGUUGAUGAGAUUGUGGCCGUUUUGGAGGAGAAGGUAUGUGACUGCUCUGAGGACAUGCUCCUGGACCUAGCAGACCACUUACUGAGACCUUUGACAAAAAUAUAUCAGGAAGUGGUGCGGACGACAUUUAUGUCCUCAACCUCAUCAACUUCAGGUGGCAACCGCAAGCAGAAUGUGAAAGACCUGCAGGAUGAAGUCACUAACUUGUACAACAACAUCAAGCUUUUUGAUAAGGGCACAAAAGUCUUCUCAGAUGAAACCCAAGCCAAUAUUGCCAAGCAUGUGCUGAAGACUGUGUGUUCUGAUGUCACUAACAUCCUAGUCAACUUUGUGGCGUCAGAUGGCUUGAUUACUUCAGAUAGUUCUGGGGCUAUUACUAAUGAGGUUCGGUUGAAGAUCUUGGGAAAGCUGUCGAAUGAAACUAAGGCUCCUCUAAUGAGGCUUCACAACAGUCUGAAUGGAAAAAGCAUUGAGGACUUUAUUGACAGUUUAGAAACUGCAGCAGAAGAAUGUGGGUUAAUGCUAAAGAGAGGAGACAAGAAGAGAGAGAGGCAGGCCCUCUUUCAGCACCGGCAGGCCCUGCUGGAGCAGCUGAAGCUGACGGAGGACCCUGCGCUGGUGCUGCACCUGACCAGUGUGCUGCUGUUCCAGGCCAGCACCCACUGCAUGCUGCACGCGCCUGGACGCUGUGUGCCCCAAAUUAUAGGCACUCUGGUCGGCAAGAUCCCUGAGGAUCAGCACAAGCUGCUCUCCCGAUACCAGGCCCUGGUGGUCAAGCAGCUGGUGAGCCAGAGCCAGGGGAAGAAGCCGGAGCAGGAAGGAGGGGACAGCCAGGGGGACGACGGCGAGGACAUCCACAAAGAGCUGCUCUCGCUGACCGCAGAGGUCAAAGACCUUGUCUUCUCGCAGAAAAAGAACUCUGUGACCGAGGAAUAAAACCUGUUGAACUGACAAAAGAAUGGAUAAAUGGUUUAAUAAAAUUAUUAAAUGGUUUAAUAAAAUACGUAUGGUAAGCCAGCUAUUUGACGCCGCUGCUUUGUGGAUAUAUGUGAAGACUGAAUUGGAUGAGAUAUAAUUUUCUUUCAACCCCAUACCCCCCACCCCCCAAGUAGCUGUGGUAUUUGGCAGGAAACAGUGCUGUAUUCGAUUCCAGCCUUACUGUAACUGCACAAAUAACCUAUGCAAUAGUAAAACACAUCGGCUGUGAAAGGACAGCUACACACACUGAUACAUUAAUUUAGUUAAUUGACAUUGUCUCUAUUGAACAUUGUGGGAUAAUGUAUGUGAAUUGAGAUAAGUAACCUCAGAGAGGUGGUACUGUAAAUAAAUGACCUAGCACUGCAUUGAAAACAAUGCUUAUGCCUGUCAGUAAAUUGUACAUCUUGCCUUAACAGGAUAAUUCACACAAAAACCUUGGGUUACUCAACCUCCACCAACCAAACAACCAGCCCCCAACUUUAAUUUCUCAGAAAAACACAUCUAUGAGCUAGCCUAUCUAGCAGAAGGUCAGCAACCUAAACAAAUUGCUUAACAUACUUGCACAGGAUUUGAAAUGGAUCAUGACUACAAUAAGAUUGUGCUGGGAGGCAGGUGUGUAGUGACUAACUGUAUUUUCAUCUAUGUGUGUGAACUGUCCCUUGAAGAUGUCCCCUCAGUAUGGUGCCACAUUGCACCCAUGUUGUGUCCCUCAGUAUGGUGCCACAUUGCACCCAUGUUGUGUCCCUCAGUUGAUAAUGCACUUGUAGCGCUCAAAGAUACAAAUAGUAAUUAAAAACCCAUCAAUACAA